AGCGGCGCAGGCGCGCUGAGGGAAGGUGACGGUGCUGUUUUGAGGGGGGAGAUCUCGCGCGGCUGUUGCUUCCUUUCAUUCUCGGCUCCGGUCGGUGGUUUUUGUCGUCUCGCCGCUGUCAUGAGUUACGACCGGGCGAUCACCGUUUUCUCCCCGGACGGGCACCUGUUUCAGGUUGAAUAUGCCCAGGAGGCCGUGAAGAAAGGCUCCACCGCGGUUGGAGUACGAGGAAAAGAUAUUGUAGUUCUUGGUGUGGAGAAAAAAUCUGUGGCGAAACUGCAAGAUGAGAGAACUGUCCGAAAGAUCUGUGCUCUUGAUGACAACGUCUGCAUGGCUUUUGCAGGUCUCACAGCAGAUGCCCGGAUAGUUAUAAAUAGAGCCCGAGUGGAAUGCCAAAGCCAUAGACUUACAGUGGAAGAUCCUGUCACUGUGGAAUAUAUUACACGUUAUAUUGCUAGCCUGAAGCAGCGAUACACCCAGAGUAAUGGCCGCAGACCUUUUGGUAUUUCUGCCCUUAUUGUAGGGUUUGACUUUGAUGGAACUCCGAGGCUAUAUCAGACUGACCCAUCUGGCACCUACCAUGCUUGGAAGGCUAAUGCAAUUGGCAGAGGAGCAAAAUCCGUGCGGGAAUUUCUGGAGAAAAACUAUACUGAUGAAGCCAUUGAAACUGAUGAUCUGACAAUUAAACUUGUUAUCAAAGCCCUUCUUGAAGUUGUACAGUCUGGUGGAAAAAAUAUUGAGCUGGCUGUUAUGAGAAGAAGCCAACCUCUCAAGAUACUGAGCCCUGAUGAAAUUGAAAAAUACGUUGCCGAAAUUGAAAAAGAGAAAGAAGAGAAUGAGAAGAAGAAACAGAAGAAAACUACCACAUGAUGAAUUUCUUUAGUUUUGGUUUUUAAAUCAAUCAUGAGUCUGUAUAGAUAUGUAAGCAUUCUAUUUCCUUGUUCUCUGCCCCCUUUUAAGAGGUCUACAAUAAACCACCUGUUUUUUUAACCU